AAAAAAUGGAGCACCCUCCAUCGCAUCCCUCCCCAUGUGGCCGCUCGCUCUCCUGCCCGUGCUCGCUGCGCAGCCUGCCCUUGCGGCCCUCCAUGAGCUUUGGUGGAACCUGACCUACGUCGACGGGGUCAACCCUGACGGUCUCGCCCCUCGCCGUGCCAUUGGCGUGAACGGGACAUGGCCGCCCCCCAUGAUCGACAUGAGCAGUAACGACACGCUUCUCCUCCAUGCGACCAACUCCCUCGACACGGUCUCGACGCUCCACCACCACGGCAUGUACUUCAACUCGUCGUCGUGGAACGACGGUGCCGUCGGAGUCUCCGAGUGCGGUAUCCCCCCCGGUGGCUCCGGGUCGUACGCAAUUGACAUUCCCGGUUCUGGACAGUGGGGGUCUUACUGGGUGCAUGCGCAUGCUUCUGGACAAUACGUCGACGGACUUCGCGCACCAUUCGUCAUUCACCCGCCCAAGGAACACUACACCUACGACGACGACUUCACUGCGGUGUUGGGUGACUGGUACCAUGACGAGCACUCUGUCCUGAUGAAGCAGUUCGUGAGCAUCGCCAACCCCGGCGGUGCCGAGCCCAUCCCUUCGUCGGGUCUCAUCUACUUUGCCCAUAACGGCCAGUACCUCGGACCGGCCGCAGGCACAUCACCCCAAUCGGGCACGGCCGUUGGUUACAACGAGAAUGCGACUCUCCCCUUCGAGGCUGGCAAGACGUACCGUAUCCGCGUGAUCAACACGUCCGCGUUCGCGAUGUUCUUCUUCUGGAUAGACGGCCACAACAUGACUGUUGAUGGCACGGACAUCGAGCCCUUCCCGAUCGACCUGCUCACUGUGACUGUCGCCCAGCGCUACUCUAUCCUCGUAACUGCGCGCAACGACACCUCAGCCAACUGGGCUGUCCACGCGAACAUGGACACGGACAUGUUCGAUCGGGUGCCGCCUGCCCUGAACCCGAACUCGACUGCGUCGAUCACGUACUCGUCCUCCGCUCCGCUCACGAACUUGGGAACGAUCGACGCGUACUCGGACGUUGAUGAUAUCCACAUGACCCCGGUUGACCUCGUUGCCGCUCCCCAGUCCGUUGCGCAGACCCUCGAGCUGGAGUUCAACUUUGACACGAUGGACGACGGCACUAACCAUGCCAUGAUCAAUGGAGUCACGUACAACUCCCCUCUCACUCCGGCCAUCCUGAGUGCCUUGACUCUGGGCGAAAAUGCGACGAUAGCCGAAGCGUAUGGUCCCCAGAGCUUCGUUCUGAAUCACCUCGAUGUUGUCGACAUCGUGGUCAAAAACGGGGACGCCGGGAAGCAUCCUUUCCAUAUUCAUGGACACAAGUUCCAAAUCGUCGAGCGAUCGUCCGACUACACCUCCAGCGAUCCCUCGGUGAUCACCAUCGCCAACCAGACCAAUCCUCUUCGUCGGGACACGAUCCAAAUCGAGAGCGGAGGCUCUGCCACUCUUCGAAUCGUCGCGGACAACCCCGGUGUCUGGUUCUUCCACUGCCACAUCGAAUGGCAUCUGGAAGUCGGACUCGCAAUCCAGCUCAUUGAGGCACCGAUCCAAGCACAGCAAUUCGCCGCCAACGUCCCGUCCUUCUUGGCGGAGAACUGCGCCGCACUGGACUUGCCUUUCUCGGGCAACGCCGCGGGCCACACUAACCCGACGGAUCUCCAGGGCCUACCGCUGGGGCCGUUCCCGCAGAACAACGGUUGGCACGCGAAGGGGAUCGGUGCGAUGGCGGGCUGCGUCUUGACUGCCUUGCUCGGCAUGCUCUCUGUUGUGUGGUACUCGCUCGGCGGCCAUAUCUCUGAGGAGGAGCAGGAGCAGGAGGUCCGUGCGCGGAUCGAGGCGAAAGAACGUCGGGGCAAGUUCUUUGGGCUGCUGAAAAAGAAGGACUGAGUUCCUGGGGGGCCGGGCACACGAAUGCUCGGAGGGAUGUACGAUUAGAUGCUAUGACAUGUAUGCGAAUGUAUCAUGACUUGAACGGCCCAGUAAUGUCUCCUCUGCUCGUGUUUUGGGCCCGGCGUUUGUCGGGCCGGCGACUGAAUGACGUGCGUAGGUGUUUAUCGCGGUGCUUCGGGCUUUUUUGAUGCGACCUGGGAAGUCGGUCUCGACGACAGCUCGCCCGACCCUAGAGUAGCCUACCACGCAUGCUCGCACAUGUUAAUCCCAUCAACCACUUGGUGAUGAUCUGUCAUCUACACCGCCGCUGUCGGGGACGCACCCCGGGGUGCACCAUGGCGAGGCUGGACUCAGUGAAACACCGUGGUCGGGCAAUUGGGUGAUGCCCGAUCCAACCUGCAGGCCCAAGCACUAGUAUUAAAAGGAUGAUGGUGAGACAUCCCCUCAUUACACUACGCACUACACCCCCCGACAUAUUCUGUAAUGGCCUCUGAGAACCUUCCCGAGCUCGUCAUCCGAGAGGUCACCCCGGAUAUCACCACAUUCUCCAAGCCAUUCGCACGGUUCAACAUCCUUCCCUUUGGCGGGCGCUCGACGGCGGUCCGACUGGCCGGCGGAGACGUGUGGGUGCUGGCGUCGACGCCGCUGACGCUGGACACCAAGGCAGCAAUCGACAAGAUGGGUCCCGUAAAGUACAUCAUGGGCGCCGAUGUGGUGCACUACCUGUACCUCGGUCAAUUCAAGGCAGCGUACCCUGAAGCGAAGGUGAUCGGGGUUGAGGCGCUUAUCGAGAAGAUGCGAAAACAGGGUGUCGAGCUUGACGGAGCAUACGGAAAGGACGCCCCCGAGACCAAAUACGGAUUCGAGGAUGAGGCCUCGCAGCUACUUCCCCGGAUUCGCAAACAAAGACGUGGCGUGGUUCCACGCCGCAACGAAGACGCUCAUCGUCGCUGAUCUGCUAUUCAACCUACCCGCAACCGAGCAGUACUCGAAGUCCAAGUCUUCUCCCAAGGUGCCGAUCUUUGGGAAAUUAGAUCCGUGGGGCUCUGUGCACAAGUACUUCGUGUGGAGUCAAGGGAAGGACAAGAAGGCCAUGAAGCGGGAUGCACAGACCGUGUUGGACUGGGCGCCGGAGCGGAUUAUCAUGUGCCACGGGGAUGUUAUCGAGAAGAAUGGGACGGACGCCUGGCGGGCGGCGUACUCCAAGUAUUUCGACAUGGCCUGAAGGAUCUUGCGGCGAUAAGUUAUACACAUAUACUACUACACACAUAUGGUGGCAUUGCUACGUUUUGGAACAAUCACUGAUCUCACAUUACCCGCCAACAUCAAUACUCGACAAGCCGCAAGAGCUCUCGCGCUGGAUCCGAGUCUCUCACGGCUCUCUCCUGACGCCACAGUUUCCGAACGCUCAACGCAUUCCGCACCAGAGCUCUCCCCUUGGCGCUUUUGAGAUCAGCAAAAGUUUUGCGGAACUCGGCCGUUGCAUCUGCAAGUGUCCCAGUGAUGUUCCUCGGCGCGUCGGAGCGCAGAGAUGGGCCCAGCUGUGCGCCUGCGCGGAUCUGCAGAGGUAUUCAAGAUGGGAAGCUUUGAGUUUGAGGGGAUUUGCAGCGCAGCUUACCUGGAAGAGUUCGAUUGCAACAGGCGCUGGCCCCGUUGACAAAAGCACUGCAUUGACCGCCUGUUCAGCCCCGAUGGGCCAGACAAUCAGCGGAAUACCCUGAGUGAGCGAUUCCGUGAUCGAGCUGAAUCGAGAGAGAUGAGUUCGCGGGUCAUGAUAGAGGAAGUGUCGUCCGCACUUGUAGCCCCCGUGCGUCAGAACCCAUCCAACGCAACCGCUUUGCAGCACGGCUUGCUGCUCGACCCAGAAGUCGCAGACGAGCCCGCGUCCACUGUUGUGUAUCCGGUUGACAAUGUCUUCCGGGAGCGAAGCGAGCUUCCCGGCCAGAACGAAAACGAACGGUAGUUCCUCGUCUAGUUGCAGAAGUACAUCGACCAUCGCGUUCACGUGUUCCGGAGUCGCGCGGGGGAAGAACAGCGAGCUAGCUCAAACGCAGCUGCGUCAGCUGAAAUUGAACUGGAGGGAGAUGAGCAGCAGGAGAUCUCACCCGAAUGAGAUGUACAAGACAGAUCGGGGUCCGUGUUUUUGGAAUUUAUCCUCCAGGAACCGCUUCAGUUUCUCGUUGCUCAGUUUCGCGUUGCGGGGGCACGGAAGUGGGCCUCCACUCCCGCCGCAGCUGUCGUCGAAAUACGAGUCGUGCAUCUGCGGGCCGACGGCGAAUACCACCUGCCCGCGCGCGCGGUAGAAGUCUCGCACGGGGGAGAUGGAGCCAGGCUCGAGCGCCGCGCUGCCGAGCGCGAUGAAUGCGUCGACACCGGCGGACAUCUCGGCGGCGGAGUAGAUCACGGAUGCUACACCGUCGGGAUCGCCGGCGCCGCGCGCGAUGUGUUCGUAGUCGUAUAUAUCCGGGAUCCCAGGAAUGUGCAGCACACGGCCAUCGAGUUUGUCGCUGCCGUUCCAGGCGGUGAUCACCUGUACGCAUCGGUCAGAGGAGUGACCGGUAUCGGAGGCUGACAAAGGAAGAUAGAUAUCGAACGCACAUCUACGAUGAUCUUUUGUUGGGUCCUCCCCUCUCGUUUUGCCUCGUCUUCGGAGAUCUUUCGUACGACUCGCGGGAAGUUGUAGGUGUCCAGCACGUCCGGCAUUGUGGUGACCCCGCUCGAUGUGAACAUGACCACCUUCACGCUGAGCCCCAGCAGCUUUUUCGUCGGCUGGAACACGAAUCCGCCGCCAAGGAAGUCCAUCUGGCCACCAUAUCAGGAUACAUGCGAGGGUUGCGGCGGAGACACUGACAUGCACUGUCCGGGGCCUGGGCCAUUUGGUCGACGCGUCUGUCGCCAUGAGACCAGCCAAGAUCUCCAGCCAGCCCCCCACAAGCUCUUUCGUCGCUUGCUCCAUAAUCGCCGGAGUAAACUCCGCGCUGGAGAAGAAACCCUAAGUACAAGUGCAACGCACAUGGAAUCCCAUAGGGACGGCCGAGGACGUACUUUGCCGAGCCGACACCGAGAAUCGACAGUCGACGCGCGUCGUAUUUGCAGCCCUCCAGCUCUCGUUUCAUCUUCGGUACUGCCAGUGGGUGAGGGUGUGAAUUUCGGCUUUGAGAAGCGCGAUCGACG